UCGCAGGUCGCAUAGAUAUACGGUUUUAUUAAAUUUAAAACCUUAGUAUACCUAUGUUCUUCACUGGAACAAAAUGUUGGCAAAUUUACAUUAUUUCAUUAUUAUAUUGUUUUUUAUCAUCGCAUGUGUGAAUGGAGAAACGUGUUUCAGAUUUCAAUUGGAAGGGAUAAAAGAUGACGAUGGUAUUGAAAACAAAAUCUUAACGGACUCCAUAACAUAUGAUAUGAAAGUUGACAAUGAUACGGGUGAUAUAAACAUGGUUAUGGGCGGUCACGUUGCUGUAGAUCUAACAAUAGGCAAGAGCGUCAAGAUGGAUUUAGACGUAUUAAGAGACACGGAAAAUGGAAAGCAACAAGCAUUUUCUAUUUCAUUGGACAUCUGCAAAAGUAUUAAUGAUGAUCCCCUCUUACCCAUUGUGAAAGGAAUGGGUAUUGAAGGUUGUGAUAUCAUGAAGGACAAAUACUCUCUCACAGAGACACCUGAGAUUAGUUUGGAGCCAAUAAAAGAUUAUUUGAGCGAAGCGUACGAAGGUGCCUAUGAAGUUAAAAUGGUAUUUUAUGCCAAGGACGACCCUAGUCUCAUAUCGCUCCACACUGUGGCCGCGCGUAUUGAGAGUUAUGACUGUGAAUAACAUACUAAUUAAAACAUUUACUAAUAAGAUAAAAAUGCAUAUUACUUAA